UUGUCACUUCCUGGUUUUCAACAAGUGCACUGACACAGGUCGCAUCAGUCUGGUGAGACCAACUCGGAGCACUUUGCCACCAACCUGCUCUGACAAUUCUGGAAUCCCUGAACAGAAUUAUGGGAGACAAUGUUGAUGUCAAGGCUUUGAGGGCCAGGUUCAGCAGCAGCACCAGCGCGUCGCACACCAGUAGCCGGGACAGUAAUUCUCCAAAAUCUCCGCGGCGUGGUGUUGGCAGAGCCAUGCCAUCAACACCAGAGAAGGACAUUUUCCGGCCUAAAAUGUCUCCUACAGUGCUUCCACAUGUGGCUGCUCCAGAUGUUGCAAUGGUAGCCCCCUUCCAGUCCGUGCCCGUUUUAUUCCCUCACUCACCUUCUCAUACAGGAGUCAGAGAAGUGGUACAGUCUUCACGUGGUAAUAAAAUUAAACAGACAGGUGAGAUGCUCGAAAAUUUGAUGCUGAAGGGGGCUGCGGGUACCAAAGUCCCCCUUCCAGCUCCAAGAUUGACUGCUCUCCCCCCACCGCGACUGAGGAGCGCAAUCGAUGUCAUUCCAUUGAGAAAGCCACUUCCCCCUGAUGGACCCCUUCCCUUGAAACCCAAACGACCACACAACGUUGACCUCGAGCAAUUUUUCAACAUCGCCCAGCGAGCUAGGCCACUUCCUGCCUCGGGGACAAGAGAAGGCUCAGAAACAAGACAAAUAUCUUUGUCUGGAGUGACUAGUACACCCAAUCCUCCUUCACAACUGAUCGAUUACAGAGGGCUGCAGAAUCAGGUUACCUCUGUGGAAGUUGACAUCUACCAUGAUGAUUAUGAUGACAUUGCAAACUUGGAGGACCAAGAUGACUAUGAUGAUCUAUCAAGUGAGGAUUUUCCACCGCCGCCACCACCACCACCUGACAUUAGUGUUGACGCCAUUGUCGAAAAGGAACUGAGGAAAAAAUUCAAGUACGAGGGUCCACUCAGAGUGUUGCAGACCGUGAUGAUCAAUCCUAACGGUGUCAUGAAGAAGCCAGGAAAGAAGGACCUCCACGUGUCUCCAGGGGAUGUCGUAGACAUCAUCCAGCUCACCAACAGCAAGAAAGCUCUUUGCCACAACCGCAGAUCAGGAAAUUGUGGCUAUGUAUCCAGAAAGCUUCUCGUUCGACUGGAAGAGGACGAUUAUGACCAUUACGUCAGUGAACCGCAUGACAACGACUAUGAGGACACUGAUUAUUAAUCCAUGUCAAACUAAACCCAGAUAAAGAGAUACAUACCGAUAUAGAGAUAAAUGGAUGGAAACAGACUACAGUAUAUCAAAACUAAAUGAACCUGAGAACCAAAAUUGCUUGUUAGAGAGUUGCAUUGUUUAUAAACUGGGGGGAGGGCCGGGGGGGGGGGGGAUAUCAAUGUUUCAUAUAGUCUAUCAAAUGAAGGAAAUUGUAGAUUUAAUCACUCAAGGUUUUUGUACAUAAUAUGGACACUAUUGCAGAUUUUGCUUGCCUUGAACUCUGAGAUAAUUUUUAAUAAACCCUGCUAUUUAAAUAAA